UCCCGACAGGAAGUGGUUAAAGUGCGCACUUUUUGACAAGCCGUGAGAAAGAGGAAGCAGGUUUGCCUGCUUGCUUACCAAAAGGGAAGUUUCCCAUCAACAUGUUAAGUGAUAGAAAUCUGGUUGUCGAAAGUUUCCAAAAGACCAAGUUGUCCUUUUCUAUCCUAUUCUGUUUCUGUUUCCAUAAAAAUGAACGUUUAUCGAUGACUGGUCGACUUGCAAGGAUGAGUACUGACUAAGGACCGGAUCUAGUACGGUGAAGUAAUCACAUCGUAACAAGUUCAACAAAGGUUACUUAAAGUAUUCCUGGACUGUAUAUCAUCUGUCACUGGUACACUGCAAAGAGCAAAGAGCUUGGUAAGGGCAACAACAAAGGUCUAAAAGUGUUUCCGCUUGCUUCUGUUAAUCUAAAUACAUCGAAAUCGUUUGUUCAGAAUAGCGCACUGACCCGAAUCCGAGAUACGUUCCGCGAGACGCAGUAACGCGGCCAUUAAAUGAACAACUCGUCUUUAAAGCUAUCUACUGCAACACCCACAAAAAUGCCUGGAACUGCUAUUUAUCAGCAAUACUCCGAAACAACAGCCUUCGUGUUGCCUCUCUACGUCUUCACUAUCAUCGUGGGAUCCAUUGGUAAUGGUAUCAUCAUCCGCGCUUACCAAAAAGACAAGAAAACUCGUAAUGUCUACCAUCUUCUGAUCACCAACCUCGCCAUGGCAGAUCUUAUUCUCUGCGCCCUUUUUACUCCCAUCCUCCUCGUCUACCGUAGCAACGCUUCCGCCAUGCUCGUUGCUAAGACUCCCAUAUGCGAAGGCUCGAUCUUCAUUUCCAUGCUUUCUAUCUCCAUGAUGUAUGCAGUCUUCCCUCUUCUUGCCUUCCAUCGCAAGGAUGUCAUGAUCAAUCCACGUGAACCAAAACUCUCCUUCAAGCAAGCAAAGAUUUUGACUUUUUGGUUUUGGGUUGCCUGUGCCGUCGUGUCCCUGGGACUGGUUGGAGUGGCCUGGAGCAUUUUUCUGAGUGACACAUUGGAACCAAAAUUCUAUCGCUGUCUUCUGAUCAACACCGAGAUUGAUGCCUUUACCAUUUACUUCUUGGGAUAUUCUUCCGCACUGUAUGGUGUCUCGAUUUUCGUUACCAUCUCCAUCUACUGCAAGAUCUACAAGUCCCUCAACAACAGCGGUGUCAAUGCUUCGGCCGAUGAACGUCACGUGACCAAGAUGUGCUUCUGGCUUGCCUGCGUGUACACAGCUUGUUGGACCCCAUUCCUCUUUGUUCAGCUGGCGGGAAUCUUCGGAAAGUACUCGGAGAUCUACUUCAACCUUCAUGCUUGCUCGUCUGGGAUCGGUGUGAUUGGAUCAGCGAUCAACCCCAUCAUAUAUGGAACCAUGGAUCCUUACUACAAGUCGGUCUUUUUCUCGUAUCUGAAAAGCUCUCCAUGCGAAAAGAACAAAAUCGACGAAGCUAAAGAAUAGGACUUUUUUUGUUUUGUGACGUAUUUUCCCGGGGUCGAACUGUUCACAAAAACUGCUAAAAUAAAGCGAAAAUCAUUUAAAAUAAUCUGAGUAUCCUUCACAUGGACCAAUGGACUACUUUGACGAUACGGUGGUCAUCUUGGAUCGAAAAGCAUUAUGGGGCGUCCAAGGGGCAAAUAAAGCUUUGUUACAGUGAUGACAAGAUAUUGAUAUUAACAGCUUACUACGAGAGAAUACAACAAAAGAUAAAUUAAGACGGCACAUCGAUCACCUUUACUCAUAAAAGAAAGACAAACACACGAAACUCUAAUGUAUAUUUUCCCGUCAUCAUGGCCGUCGUAACGUCAAAUAAGUAGUCUAGUUAGUCCAUUUAGAACUUUGGACAACAAAAAAUCCUGUCUUGGAUGGCUUUUCGUUUUGGAACCCCGCUAAAACGGCUCUACAAUAUCAGUAGGAACUCUGUAAAUAUGACUUAAAGCAAGAGAGUAAAUUUCUACUAGUCCUGCAUGUUAUUUUACUUUGAGGGCCUUGGCUAAACGAAUAAAACCUGUUUCCAGAAACAUGUUUCCUUAAAUGUUUCCAAAGGUGGCAAAACUGUAAGGAAGCAUCGGGAAACAUUUUUAGUCAACAUCAUGCAGUUAGCGCAUGCGCACUUUCAAAUAACCUUUGACCUUCUCGUCCGCCAUUUUGUUUUGACAAGAUCAUGAUAAAGCGAGCGUUACUAAGCAAAGAAUUUUUAGAAUGCUGACUUUCGUAACUAAACGAGGAAACAUCGGGAAACAUUGUUUCCAUGCGUAUUGGAUGUGAAGCAUGAAAUGUUUCUUGCGCACAGGAGAAACAUUUUUGCGUCUUGGAAGCAAAGUUGUUGCACGCAGCAAAUGCAAUGUUUCGCAUGUGGCUAGACUUGGAAACAUCGGGGAAACAUGCGCGCAGUAAACACGUUUCCUCGUUUAGCCAGGGCCUAUAUCUACAUGCAGCGAUACAUGAAGCACCUGUAAAAAAGAGUCUCGAUAUAGAUGUUAGGAAAACGAGAAACAUGUAACGAAGUGAAGCAAAACUAUAUAGAUUAAAUAAGAGUAGACAAAGAUUUUAAAAUGUAAAUUUUUUUUGCUCACUACCCUUGUACAAAUAUUCUAGUUUGAUCGUAAUGUUUUUACAUAAGUUUCAUGUGUCAUUCUCUUGAGCAUAUGUUCUUUGUUUGAGGUUUAUCCAUAUUAAUGUGUCUUCUCAUGCGAGUGGAGAGUGACUUUGUACUGUAAUAAACCUUUACCUUGGGCGUAACCCAUUUCA